AAGCCAUGUUCUUUUUAUCCAUCUCUAAAACCAUACCGUAUGCUCACUUUGUUAUUAUGCUAUAAUAAGCUCUCUUUCUCUCUCUCUAGCCGCUGAUCAAGCUUUUGCUUUUGCUGUUGUUAAAAUAUUUCAGUUGGCCAUGGGAAGAGCUCCAUGUUGUGACAAAGCUAACGUGAAAAAAGGGCCAUGGUCACCUGAAGAAGAUGCCACUCUAAAGAGAUACCUUGAGCAACAUGGCACUGGUGGGAAUUGGAUUGCCUUACCUCACAAAGCAGGCCUUAAACGUUGCGGCAAGAGUUGUAGGCUGAGAUGGCUGAAUUAUCUCAGGCCGGAUAUCAAGCGUGGAGGUUUCACAGAGAAGGAAGACAGCAUUAUUUGCACUCUCUAUGGUAGACUUGGAAGUAGGUGGUCUGUAAUAGCUUCCCAACUGCCAGGGAGAACAGAUAAUGAUAUCAAGAACUAUUGGAACACCAAGUUGAAGAAAAAGCUAUUGGCAGCUGGAAAUGCUUGUCCCAAGAGUACAACUAACAGAAGCCCCCAUGAGACUAGCAACAGUAUUAGUCAUCUGAACUUGGCACAGAUUUCAGCUUCAAUUUCAAAAGCUGAAACCUAUGAUUAUGGGAGUUCAUCUUGUUUCUAUACAAAUUCCAAUACACUAAUGCGGACUCCACUAGCGGAAGCCAAUAACAUGGAAAAUUGUGAUCCAGAUUGUAUAAUUUUGGACCCAAGUCAGUUUCAUGUUUCAAAGCCUAUGCAAGUUCCAGAUUUUCGCACAAGUGGAAGUGAGAGUUACAGCACUAUAACAACAUCAUCUCAGGACGUUGCAGGUCUUUCACCUUCUUCUACUUUGGCUUUGGAGAACAAUUACAGCUUGUUGUCCUGCAAUGGAGGCGUUAACGAUGAUGGACUUCUCAUGGAUUUUCAGUUUGAGUGCCAUGAUGAUGAUUUGUUAGAUGGCUUUGUGUUUCAGGAAGAUAUACUAGAGAAGUUACCCCAUUCUUGUUUAGUUGACUCUCCCUAGAUUACUUGAUGGCUAGCUAAAAGUCCUGAACAUUAACCUAUCACAAUGUUACAAACCGACCAUUAUAGAAAAUCCAAAAAAGUAAGAUGGGAAAGUAGCUAUUGGAUGCUUUAAUUUGUAGGGUAGUAUUUUGUGGAAAUGGUCAAUGUAAGUGAAAUUUUAAAGUAAUGAACAUGGGAUUAUGCAAUUAGUACAUAAAGGAUAAGCCAUGUGGGUUUACCGUUUCCCACAUUGUUUUCGAAAACAUGGUCACCGGCUCCUAGUUAUUUGUUGUAUUAAGAGAGAUUGUUGUAUUUGAGUAAUUCUUGUACAUCAUAAAAAGGUA